UCAUCUCUGAGUGAUAACUUGGUGCGGAGGACAAGCUUACAAUUCCAACUUGGCAUUCCCUCCACAUUAGCCACAGUCUCCUUACCGCAGUGCUAAAGUGUUGAACUCUAACGAAUAAAACCAGCUUUGAAAUGGACAUACGCUCGGCCAGCGCCGUGCCGCGCUGGCAAACAUUUUCUCGGAUAUGGAUGUGAGUUGGAUUCCGCUGCCGGAGGAAUGGCGCCCUCUCAAGACGUGGUGGAGGCGGAGGUGCGCCCCCGGCGGCGCCCCCGCGGGAGCUCGCUCUCCCUCUCGGGCUCCGAGUCGGAGGCGCCCCCUCGGCCGGCGACCUCCCCGGCCCCGUGGCCGCCGCAGAAGACGCUGCUCCGCUUCAAGUCGCCCUCCUGCUCGCAGCUGAGCCUCGGCUCCUCGAGCGGCUCCGCGGACUCCGGCCUCGGGUCCUCCGUCACCUCCGCGGAGGCCUCCCCGCGCUCCUCCGUCUGCUCCGGCGAGUCCCGCUGCUCCACUUCCUGCGCCUGCCCCUUCCGCCCCCGCAAGCAGGGCCGCCCCCCGGCCCCCGCCGAGCGAAGGGAGAACGCCAUCAGCAACAAGCUCAAGCACCUCAAGAUGCUCGUCGACAAAGCCAUCAAAUGGCACAAGACCUUCACUAUCUUGGGACCCUUCUCCUCCGUCCGAGAGUCGCUCAAACUUCGCGGCUGGGUCGAGAAGUACGGUGAUGGUCAGCUCAGACCUCAGCCUGCCGAGUCCUGCAAAACUGGGAGCGGAAGUGGGUCAAGUGGGAGCUCGUGUUCGCCGGGCGGAUCCCUGCAUCCGAACCUAACCCCGGAGCAGAGGGAGGCAUUGCUGGUCACUCGGCUACUCAGGGACGCCUCGGUGGACUUACUAUGGACCAUGCACAACCACAUCAUCGACUGGAAGCAGCUCGAUAAGUCCACCAUCGUCAGCCGCUUCCCACGAGCAUACUUCACUACAAAGGUUGGAUUGUGUGAUAACCUGCAGCAAAUCCAAUGGUUCUGCGAGAGUGGCGUGGCGAAUAUCCUCUUCCCGCGGUGCUACAACAUCACGAGCACAGAUGAGUUGAACGCCUUCAUCCACGAUUUCCGACUCACCGCCUGCCACAGCCUCCUCCGUUUCGUCGUUCAGUCCAUCGACGACGAAAGGCCUGACUUCUUCACCGAUGAAGGCAAAGUACCAUUGUGCGCGGUGGAGUUCGCUGCGCGACGAUGCGCGGAGCUGAUUUGUGUGCGACAACAUGAGGACAUCGACCAGCGGGACCACGCCAAAGUUUGGGACCACCAAUGGGACCAAUUCCUCACUUGGUACUACCUUCUCGUUCAUGACAACGUGCCUUUUGUUUCAGCAACUGCCAAUCAAAUCAAUGCAAUUUACACUUGUAGUAAACACACGGUUGAAUCCAUUCAGCCUUUCUGGCCGCAAUGGCACCUGGACGGUGUCCACAAUAUUUGGAUCGUGAAACCUGCCGCCAAAUCCCGAGGACGAGGCAUUCAAGUCACGCCAAAAUUGGAGGACAUACUUGCCAGAAUUAGUAACAUCAAUUCUAAAGAUCCCCGAUAUGUUGUUCAAAAAUAUAUAGAAAAGCCACUUUUAAUUUACAACACAAAAUUUGAUAUUCGGCAGUGGUUUCUUGUAACAAAUAUUUAUCCAUUGACCAUUUGGAUGUACAAAGAGAGUUAUCUGCGAUUUUGUUCACAAUCAUUUUCCCUGAAAAAUAUGCACGAGUCGAUACAUUUAAGUAACAAUGCAGUUCAAUGCAAGUAUAAAAAUGGCGAAAGAGACAAAAAUUUACCGGACGAGAAUAUGUGGGACUGCUACACAUUCCAGACUUAUUUAAGGACGAUAGGACAAGCAGGGCUGUGGGAGACUGUGAUAUACCCGGGGAUGCGGGAAGGGAUCGUCGGAACGCUGCUUGCGUCGCAAGAUCAGAUGGAUCAGCGGAAAAACUGUUUCGAACUUUUCGGAGCUGACUUUAUGCUCGCUAACGAUUUCUUCCCUUGGCUCAUCGAAAUCAACUCAAGUCCUUGCAUGGCCGCCAGCACCAGCGUCACAGCGCGGAUGUGCGCGCAGGUCUUAGAGGAUGUCGUCAAAGUGGUGAUCGACCGGCGCGAAGACAAGUACGCCGACACAGGGAUGUUCGAGCUGGCGUUCAAGCAACAGACCUCGCCGACGCAGCCGUACAUGGGCCAGAACCUGACCGUGCGCGGCGUCAAGAUCCAGGACAGCCCGAAGGCCAAGCGGAAGAAGAGGGCGCCGCCCCCACCGAUCAACUGCCGCCCGCUACCCUCGCCACGGGUCAUCGACUUCCUGGACGAUCUCAAGACCCACCUCAAGGAGUCGCCGGCCAACUCCGCAGCCGCCACCGUCGACAGCGACGCCUCCAGCGAGGACGAUCUCGACAUCGUCUGCAUCACGCCCCGGGCGGCGCCGGAGGUCAAGAGUCCGCCGAUCAGGGUGGGGGUUCAGGUUCCCGAGGUCAGGAAGGAGCCUGAGGAACGGCCGAUGUCUGAAGCCGACAAGAAGGACAGCAAGGAUAAUGGCAAUAGUGGGGCCACUACCAUCACAGAGGUUAAAGUGACGAUCUCGCCAGAGACGGAAGAUGUCAUCCGGAACGAAAAUGAGGUCGAAGAAAGUGUGGAGUCGCUGACGGAGUCAACAGGAGUCUCGCCUCGCUCGCCGCGUUCGCCACGAAACAAGAACAAAGUCUGGAACAGCAAGGACAUCGCCGACCAGAUCGAGAUGCUCUCAAAGUGGAAGCAGAAGAUGCGGGAAACCCGUGUCAAUUGCGAAGAGGUGAUAACGAACCUGCACCACAUAACGAACCACUCGCCGCGGCACGGGCAGAGGCAGGAGCAGGACGCCGGGCGGGUGCCGACGCAAACUCGAGACACGGCGACCGAGAAGCCGGCCUCGCGGAAGAGGCUCCUGGAGAAGCUCCCGACGGUGCGGCGGGGGACGGUGGCCCGGCGUCACGGACACCGGGAAUGCGCCAAACUCCCGGCCACGGCUCCGACGAUGAAGAACGGGCAGCGGAAGCACACGCUCCCGAGGAUCGCCCGCAAGCGCCCCGAGCCCCAGUCCGAGAGCGACGACGUGAACAACAACCUCUACGCCGUCGGCAUGAGCCUCAAGUCCCUCAAGAUCGUCACCAAGGACCAGAUCGUCCUUCCGCCCAGCUACGAGUUCGCCAACCACCUCACCGUCCCCGAGAUACUCCAGAACUAAGCCUGCGCGCUCUCUAGAUUUCUGGCUCAUUUCAAAAACAGCGUAUGGUCAAUUUCAGGCCAAAGUAUCACAAGCGCCAUGUAUGCGCCCAAUACGUACCUGCGUCCAGGAAACGACGAUUUGUUAGCUAUGCCCGCUCGACGAUUACAAAAUUUCAGAAAUCGGCCCGUAGGUCACUCGGGAACUCUAUGAGCGCUAAUGGAGAUGUUGCAUGUGUGAGGAAUUUGCGAUUUGACUGUUGAUUCAUAUGUAAAAGUUCAUGACUCAUAUGUAAAGUCAGAAACACGAUGGCGGCACUGGUUUUCUCUGAAAUCAACUUCCAAGCUCAAAAAAAGCUCUCAAGUUGAGGCC